GACAUACCCUUCUCCGCUUCUCAGCUUGUCCAGUCUCCAGUCUCUCCGUCUCAGCUUGUUGCUGUUGAAUGAUUGCUGUCUGUUCAAGGUUACGUGCUUAACCUUCUUCGCUCAAUCACUCUCUGAUGUAAACACAAUGGGAGAAGCUACCAGAGAUCAGAACCGAGUUAUGGACGCCGUACGAGCUACAGUGUUUAAGAAAUCGGAGAGCCUCGACGGCGAAGGCGGCUGCACCAAAAUUGAGGGCUAUGAUUUCAAUCGCGGCGUUGACUACCCUCAGCUAUUGAACUCACUGCUCUCCACUGGCUUCCAAGCAUCCAACCUUGGCGAAGCCAUCCAAAUUGUUAACGAAAUGCUUGAUUGGAGGCUAUCCCAAGAACCCAUAAUGGAAGAUUGCGAUGAGGAAGAGAAAGACCCUGCUUAUAGAGACUCAGUGACUAGCAAAAUCUUCUUAGGCUUCACGUCCAACCUUGUUUCUUCUGGCGUUCGAGACACAAUUCGCUAUCUUGUUCAGCGUCACAUGGUUGAUGUAGUGGUUACAACGGCUGGUGGUAUUGAGGAGGACCUCAUAAAAUGUCUUGCACCAACUUACAAGGGUGAUUUUUCUUUACCUGGAGCUGUAUUACGCUCAAAGGGAUUGAACCGCAUUGGUAAUUUGUUGGUUCCAAAUGACAAUUACUGCAAAUUUGAAGACUGGAUCAUCCCAAUUUUCGACCAGAUGUAUGAAGAGCAAACCAAACAGAAUGUAUUAUGGACACCAUCUAAAGUUAUUGCUCGCCUAGGGAAAGAAAUUAAUGAUGAAAGCUCGUAUUUAUACUGGGCAUACAAGAACAAAAUUCCUGUCUUCUGUCCUAGUUUAACUGAUGGCUCUCUAGGCGACAUGUUAUACUUCCAUACUUUCAGAAAGGAAGAUCCAAAUAAUCCAGACCACAACCCUGGUCUAAUCAUUGACAUUGUGGGAGAUAUCAGGGCCAUGAAUGGUGAGGCUGUUCAUGCUGGUUCUAGGAAGACUGGAGUGAUUAUCCUUGGCGGAGGGUUGCCUAAACAUCAUAUUUGCAAUGCCAAUAUGAUGCGCAAUGGUGCAGAUUAUGCAGUCUACAUCAACACGGCCCAAGAGUUUGAUGGAAGUGAUUCUGGUGCCCGUCCUGAUGAAGCUGUGUCGUGGGGAAAAAUACGUGGUGGAGCAAAAACAGUGAAGGUACAUUGUGAUGCAACCAUUGCUUUCCCCCUUUUGGUAGCCGAGACAUUCGCAACUAAAGCUAAAAAUUCCACAGUCAAUCAAUAGGUGGCAAUAUAUAUAUUCACAUUAAGGCCUUGUUGUUGCAUAGCAUAGAUUUGAUUCGACAAAACCACUUGUUGCUAAUUUAUUUCCUAAUAUUGUCAUUUCUUGGACUUUGCCGUUGCUAAUUUAUUUUGAGGGAACUAA